AUGAACCGUCCGUCCUUCAGGCCGCGGCCGGUGGACAUCAAUAAGAAGCUCGCGAUCGUCCGAUCGACGGACGAGCUGAACGCGGAGGACGAGGGCGUAUCGAGGACCAUCCUGCCGGCACCGUCGAAGAAGGGACCGUCCGUGGAGAUCCCGACGCCGCACUGCGGCGUGGUCGAAGCGUACGACAAGCUCUACCCGGCGAACUUUCGCCAACCGUCGUCGUACAUUCGCAGCAAGCAUGUGCGGCAGGACGACGGCGUGUACGUGGAGUAUGAUUUGGACGAUGAGGACGAGGACUGGUUGGAAGUGCUCAACCAGAACAGGCUGCUGCUCGCUGCAGACAGGCUGGAGUGGAUGAUCUAUCAAAUGGAGCUACUGGAUGCGCGGGCGAGGGCCAAGGCAGGGACGGCCAUGCUGGCAGGCGCGGAGCAGACAGGUGUAUCUGGGCAGGCAUCUGGGGGAGUGCGAGUGCCCGUCCUGCUGCAGCAGCAGCAAGCCGUAGAUGUGAGUGCUCGCUCUACUGCGUUGAGAGCGCAGGUUCCAAGGCAAGCCAUCAUCGCUGCAGCGUACGACUACUGGCGGUCCAAGAGGGAGAGGUGGGGGAAACCCAUUCUGAGGCGCCUGCAGCCGUCCCCAGCCAUCACAGACACCAAUCCGUUCAACGUGUUUCGACCGCGGGAGAGAGUUCACCGCCCCAACACACGCCGGAUGCAGCGGAGGGAGAAUGACAUGGCAUCAUAUGAAAAGCUCGUGCGGGUCCAGAAGAACAUUGAAGACGCUUUGCAACUAGCACAGGCUGUUGAGAGAAGGGAGGAGAGGAAGCGUGAGCUAAUCAAUUGUGAAGUGGCUUUGCAACAAGCAGCACUCUCAGAGCGGGACAUUACAGUGCAGCAAGCAGAGGCCCUUGGGAUCAUCCCAGACCUCUCCUCGUCACACGCCAAGCCCUUCCCUGGAGCCACCGCCCCUCCCCCGGACAUUCCCAUGCCGUUCGCCCGCCCUCUUUCGCUUGAGCAGUUGUCUGCGAUGCAUAUACAGCCGCCUCUGCUUUCCCACCGGCCCCCACCAGCGUCCCUCUGGGAGUCUCCUGAUUCCUUCUGUCUUCCUCCCUUGGGUUUAUCAGGGUCGGGAGAGGGAGGGAUGGUGGGGGGGAGAGGGGCGGCGGGGCCGAGAGAGGGUGUGGAGUUGAGGGUGCGGGGGAGGAUAGGCAGGGGAGGGAGGUUGAUAUUUGAUCGCUGGGAUGUGAUGGAAGGGCGCCCGCUGGUGGCACCUGUGCCUGCUGUCACUGCCGUGCCUGCUGCCGUGCCUGCUCUCAUGCCUGCUGCCGCGCCUGCUGCCAUGCCUGCUGCCGAGCCUGCUGCCGUGCCUGUUGCCAUGCCUGCUGCCAUGCCUGCUGCCAUGCCUCCUGGUGCGGGUGCUGCCAUGCCUGCUGGUGUGACUACUUCCAUGCAAGACACUGGCAAGAAGGAUGUGGUACCAAAUGCGUCCAUGCAGAAUGACCUGCAGAGUGACCCUCGGUAUGCAGCUAAUGACCUGCCUUUGAGUGGUGCUGUAAGGAAGAAUCUAACCGACAACGCUGAUGCUACGGAGGUCUCCCAUUCCCCAGCAGCCGCAGCAGGAGCAGCAGCUGGAGGGAUUAAUGCUGCUCCUGCUCCUCCUGCUCCUCCUGCCUUCGCUUCUGCUCAGGCCCCAAUGGUGCAUGCAUCUGCACCAGUCAACAGCCCCAUUCCUUCCACUGUCCCACCCUCCGCUCCUCACUCAAAGCCCGCUGCUCCUCCUGCAUUCACUGCUGCACCUGCUUCCGCUUUCAACCCCGCUGCUGCACCUGCUUCUGUUACUGGUACUGCUGAAACUGCUGGGUCCAAACCUGGACCCAAUGCUACUGCUGCUGCUGAUGGGGUAGCUUAUAAACGUUCUAACAGUGGAAAGGCUUUUGGGAUCGGCUCCUCUCAACCUGCACUGGAUAGCAAUGCAUUGGGUGCAGGAGUAGCAAGGGGUGGAGUGGGUGUCGGAGGGGUGCAGAGCGGUGUGAGGGUUGUGGGGGGAGUAAGAGGUGGAGAGGGGGGUGUAGGAGUUGCAAGGGGUGGAAUGGGUGCAGGAAUGCCUCGAUAUUGUCACAUGGCUCACCUUCUUCGCCCCUCGUCCCUCGGUAGUGGAACCUUUUCCUCUCUCCUCCCUAUCCCUCGCCAAGACGCAACACACGCAAGGUCUGCUCGUGCUUAG